AUGUUCAUUCUGACAAAGAUUGCCGAUCUAGUGCAGAUCAGGCCAGACAAUUUUGAGAAGCCCAGCCAUAUCGCGAUAGAAGAUAGCAUUAAUGCUAAGUAUGCAAACCGGGUAAUCCAGAAGAUCGGUCUUUGCAUCUGCAUGUAUGAUCUACUAUGGGCAUCUGAGGGUCUCAUCGGCCAUGGAAGUGGCAUGGUUAAUGUCAACGUCGAGUUUCGUAUGAUCGUCUUCAGGCCCUUCAAGGGCGAGACUAUGUUUGGGAGGAUCAGUGAAGCCAGUCAAGAAGGAAUCCACAUCCGCACUGAGUUCUUUGAAGAUAUAUUUGUGGAGUACAAGGAGUUACCCGAAAACACACAAUACAACCAUAAUGAGAAUGCGUGGACAUGGAUCUAUGAUCCCGAGGGUGAUCCGAUGUGGUACGACAAGAACGAGAUGGUACGCCUCCAGGUGAUUGAAGAGGAAUGGCACGACCAGACCCCUGAGAGUGCCGAGGAAGAAGCAGUCGACAAGGCGAAGAAGUUAUCUCCUUACCGCAUAAAGGGGACCAUGAUGAAAGAAGGGCUCGGGGUCUGUUUGUGGUGGGAGUGA